CCCCGGGUGAGGGUUGAGGGGUGGGAGGUGCCGGGCCGCCUGCCGUGCGGGGCUCCUCCAGCGCGAGUGCCCGGCCACCCGGUAGUCAUGGAGGAGGUCUUGGCUGAAGAGCUUGACGAGGAGGAGCAGCUGGUGAGACGGCAUCGCAGGGAGAAGAAGGAGCUGCAAGCCAAAAUUCAGGGAAUGAAGAACGCUGUUCCCAAAAAUGACAAAAAGAGGAGGAAACAACUCAUCGAAGAUGUAGCUAAGUUGGAGAGAGAAAUGGAGCAAAAGCACAGGGAAGAACUGGAGCAGUUGAAACUGACUUUCAAGGAGAGUAAGAUAGAUUCUGUUGCUGUUAACAUUUCAAACUUGGUACUUGAGAAUCAACCACCUCGGAUUUCAAAAGCACAAAAGAGACGGGAAAAAAAGGCUGCAUUGGAAAAGGAGCGGGAAGAAAGGAUAGCUGAGGCUGAAAUUGAGAACUUAUCUGGAGCCAGACAUGUCGAGAGUGAAAAACUUGCUCAGAUAUUGGCAGCCAGAGAAUUGGAAAUUAAACCUAUUCCAUCUGAUGGUCAUUGCAUGUAUGGUGCGCUUGAGGAUCAGCUGAGAGAGCAGGACUGUGCUCUGACUGUGGCUGCCCUCCGGAAGCAGACUGCUGAGUACAUGCAAAGUCAUUCCGAAGACUUCCUGCCAUUUUUAACAAACCCCAAUACAGGAAAUAUGUAUACUCCAGAGGAAUUCAGAAAAUACUGUGAUGACAUUGUAAACACUGCGGCAUGGGGAGGUCAGCUUGAGCUAAGAGCUCUGUCUCACAUUUUACAAACACCAAUCGAGAUACUCCAAGCAGACGCUCCUCCUAUUGUAGUCGGUGAAGAGUAUCCAAGGAAUCCUUUAGUACUAGUAUACAUGAGGCAUGCAUAUGGCUUAGGAGAACAUUAUAAUUCUGUCACACGGUUGGUGAACUCAGCUACUGAAAAUUGCAGCUAGUUUACAAAAUGUUACACUAUGUUUUAUAGAGUGUGCCAAUCUGCAUAUUCCUAUCAAGUGCUAGAUUGUUGUAAAUGCUACUGAAAAACACAGCUACCUUAAGUCAGUUUUAUGAAUAAGCUUGCUAGCAGGCUUUUUAGAAAUAUGUUGGAUUAACUUAAACCAGUGCCCUCUUAAUGGCAUUCCUAGAACUUAAAGUCUGUUGUGGAAAACAUCAUUCAUAGACCAAGGUGUUCCACUUCUCACUAAUGAGUUUUAGUUAUCUUGGACAUUCUGAUUUUGAAUAAAUUUUGUUUUAAAUUUUGGCCCCACAACUCGAUAUUCCCAAAGUAAGUAUUUUGAUAGAAUUUUUCUUAAAGUACAGAGACUCUGUCUCUGUCAUCAUAGGAGCAUAUUGUAGUGUCAGUAAGUUUAUUAAUGCUUAUGAAAUGAGCGUGAUCAUAGUAACUUUGGUGUUACUAGGAUCAGCAAGGUGAAUGAAACUUGUUAUGUACCAUAUCUCAGCAGCUAAGGAGAAACUACUUUUAGGAAUUUUUAAUACUUACAUGAGAAGUGAGUAUUAAGUUCAGUGAAGUUCAAAGGAAUGAAACAAAAAUCUGUGGUAAACAGGUGUUCAUUGUGUCUGUAUUCAACCUUUUUAACAAAUUGGAGACUUUCCUUUUCUGUGUGUAGCUUUAAAAAGACUGACUUCUAUGUUGCUGUUUUUUCAGCUUGAGGCUGAAGUUACUUUGUGUCCUUAUUCUCCUCACAACUGAGAAUUUUUACAUUUUCCUGUGUUUUCCCCAACACUUCUCAGUGGCCUUGCUUCCCUUAGAGCCUUUUUCCACUGAGAAACACCCAGUGGCCUUUCAUUGCUGUGCAAAGUGAUGCUUUUGUAAUGCAGAAGGGGCCAUGGUCACAUUCUCCUUAAAUCUGCCCCCUUUCCAGUUUGUUCUGACAAGGUCUCUGCUUAUGCUCACUUUCUGGGAUUUAAAGAAGCCCUGGCUAGAGAUGAUUUUGUUACAUAUUGUAUCACUUUUUCUUCCACUCAAAUGUCUAAUUAUUUUAUUAUAUGUAUAGGUAAAGUCGAAGGCCACUGUUCAGGAGCCAAGAGCUGAACAUUAGUACAGAACAGUUUCCUGAGGAAUGAUUUUUGUAACUAGGAUUUCAAAUCACUUCUGACAGUGCUCUUUGUGAGAGAGUUGUACCCACUUACGCACAUGUCUGCUGUUUUUAUACAGCACAGGACCAUGGGGUGGGGACACAGCUCUAGGAGAGCACUUGCUUAUCAUGCCCAGGUUCCAGGUUCAGGUUCUAGCACCAACAAAACAAAACAAAUUUAUGAAAAUGAAACUUUUUUGGUUUAAUUGUUUUCUUUUCAAGUUAGAAAUAUAAUAAGAUUGAGCAUCACGUUUAUAAUAUUUGGGCUUUUGAUCCAUGUAUACUGUCUGUGAGUAAAUAAUGGGCUUAUGAUGUUAAAAGCAGGUAGCACUGUGGCAAGCUGGCAGACUGGUCAGCAGAGCAAGUCAGGCCUUUUGAGAUCAUUCCAGCAGACUAAAACAUGCUCUGCCUCCUACACAGUGUGUUGUGAAGGGUGCCUGCUUUGUAACUUCUGAUUUUUUUUCUGUGAAAUUUGCAAAAGAAUGAAGUUGUAAAUUGAAUGCUUUGAGUUUAGUUUGAAGUAAUAUUAUCUUCAUGUUAAAAUAUCAGCAUUGAGGAUUAACAAAACAAAAUGUUAUGAAACUUUGUUACUGAAAAUUUCAUUUUUAACAAAGAUAGUCUAAAAUAACUCAUCAAUGUUUUGUUGUUUUGACAUGAAUUUAAAUGUACUUAAUUAUGUAUUUCUGUAUUUUGUGUAUAUGUUUUAUUUUAAAAUGGCCAGUAUAUUUAUGAAUAAAGUGUAUGGCCAACUUCUACCAUUUUAGCUUUAAAUGAAAAAAAAAAAAAAGUCUUUUAAGAAUGGCAGUUGUUAAUUUAAAGACAACAUAUGCGAAUUAAAUUUGCUGCUGCUGCUGCUGCUGGUGGUCUAAUGGGAAUCCCACGAGUGUUCUUUAGUCCUGAUUGGAAAUGUAUAUGGCAGAAUCUGGAAUUUGUCUUCAGCCAAGAAUUUUAUUCACUUACGAAUGUUUACAGCCUGUAAAAAAGUAAAACAAAGAAUGUGUAACUAUUAUGAGUAAAGUGGCUUUGCUCAUGUUAUCUGGUGUUUGCUGAAAGAAUAAACAUAAAGGAGUGGAAUCAA